UGACAAAUGUUUGAAGUUAAAAUUGUGUAUUUCUCCUCUAUUUUUUCCAUCUCUCUUCGAUUCUUCAACCCUUCUCAUCAGCGGGGAUUUAUCCACCGUCUCCUUCACAAAUUUCACCCAAUUGUGUCCGUCAAUUCAUUGCAGCAAUUUUGCAACUUAGCUUCUCUGGUAAUCUCGUCCCUCUUAAUUUGUUUUAAUUUUUUGAUUGGUAAAUUUAUUUAAACCCUAGAUUUCUCUGAAAUUCGCGAUUAAUUUCUUAUGAACCCUAAUUUGAACAUAGUUUUAUCUUCCAGUAAAUCAUCAAAACCCUAUAUUUCUCUAAUUUUGUUAUUAAUAUCUCAUAAACCCUAAUCUCAAUGUAGUUUUUUCUUCCGGUAAAUCAUCAAAACCCUGUAUUUCUCUGAUUUUUGUUGAUUAAUUUGUCAUAAACCCUAACUUAUAAUCAUGAGUUUUCCCGUAGAUAUAAUCAUUGAGAUUCUCCUAAGAUUGCCUGCAAAAUCUCUUUUACGGUUCAAGAGUGUGUGCAAAUUAUGGUAUGAUUUAAUCAACGAUCUUGAUUUUGUCAGUCGCCAUUUAGAACGAUCGCUUGUCAUCCAAACCAAUCUUCACUUCGUUUACCAUGCCCAUAAUACACUUCGUUUGGCCGAUUUUGACAGUUUUAAUAACCCGAUUGAACUCAAUUACCCUUAUGGUGAUUGUUUUAUGGUGGUAGGUUCAUGUACUGGCUUGCUAUGUCUCCAGAGUAGUAAUCAGCGUCCUCUUAUGAUUUACAACCCAACCACUCAGACCUACAAAAAACUCCCGUUGUUGGGGAUAAGCGCAUCAAUACGGAAUUUUGGGUUCGGUUAUGAUAGUAUCGCUCGGGACUAUAAAUGUGUGAGUGUUAUUCAAUGUGGUGAUGGUUACAGAAGGGGUUCUUUUGAGAGUGAAGUCAUGGUUUAUAGCUUGAAAGAUGAUUCAUGGAGAAAGGCCCGUUCUCCUAGUGUUCCUUUCAAUUUUCAUUUAAGCUUUAGGGGAAAUGUAUUUGUUAAUGAUUCUAUCCAUUGGGUUGGGGGUAUAAACAAGUGUGAGGCUAUUGUUGCCUUUCAUUUAAGGGAUGAAACUUUUAGCACUCUGCCAAUUCCUGAUUCUGAUUCUGAUUCUGAUUCUGAUCCUGUGAACAGUAGAGGGGGCAUAUGUGUGGGAAUACUUGAUGGGUGUUUGUGUCUUUCGGUUAGCAAUGUGAAUCGUGAUGAUGUAUGGGUAAUGAGAGAGUAUGGAGUAGCUGAAUCAUGGACCAAGCUAUUUUCCAUUGCUAAGCACAAUGGUCACAUUGUAGUGGAGAGACCUGUGUGUUAUUCGAUCAACUUAAAGGAAUUGUUUGUGCAUAUGAGUGUUAUUUGCGAGGUUGCUUCCAUUAAUUUAGAUACAAUGGAAAUUAGCACUGUGAAGGGUCCUGAUUUUAACUUUUGCACCAAAGCCUAUGUCUGUGUAGAGAACCUUCUUACAUUGUGAUCUUUUGCUCGAGGAGGAGCAGCACAUGGAAAAGAACCGACACUUGAUCUUCAAUCAUGGGUAGUUUUGAGUUUGUUUUUCCUUGGCUAUUAUGUUAUCUUUUUGUUCUUAUUUCCUUGUAAAAACUCUGCUGAAUGUCUGAGAAUCUCAUGCUGCAACCUGAUUUUCUCCUCAUUUCGUUGAUAUUACCAACCUGAUGUUCGCAGUACUUAUUUUGUUCAUUAAUCAUUAGCUCUAUUAUAGAGAAGGCAUUUAUAUCAUAUUCUACAGUUCAUUUUACAAGGCUUUCUCAGAACACUCGUCAAACAAAGGUGAACAACAGGAAGUAAUCGGGACAUACUCAGUCUGCAUAGUGUUUAAUUUUAUAGUGAAGGCAUAAGUUUUAUGUCGUAGCAUUUGUGUAAGCAAUGUUAUGGAUUUUUGUGUGAAAAUGCCUCGAUAUAUGACAGUAAUUCCCUACACAGGGGAAUGCUUAUUA